GACUUGAGAGAUGCUAGAAAACCCAUAGUAUCACUAUCAGCUGUAGCUGGUGCCUCACAAGUGCAGUGGAACAAAGUAGCACCACACAUAGUUGCUACAGCACAUGAUGGAGACAUUAAAAUCUGGGAUUACCGUAAACCAUCCGCACCCAUACACUACAUAUCAGCACACUUGUGCAAAAUACAUGGAGUGGACUGGAGUCCACACCAUGAAUACCAACUAGUCACAUCUAGUCAUGAUGGCAGCAUAAAAUACUUUGACAUUAACAAUGCAAGAACCGAGAAGAAUAUUAUGACGAACUUCCCUGUGUGGCGUGCUAUUUACACACCAUUUGGGAGUGGAUUGUUGACAAUUGGGGUUGGAUGGGGAGGCCUACCAAGAGUAGAGCAAGCGGGGGUAAUUGGCAUCUGGGUGGGUGGUGCUUUAACACGGUUAGUCGGUCACACUGAUACAGUUCAGGCGAUGGUGUGGAGACCAAAUACAUCCCCAUCCAAUUACCAGCUGGUGACUUGGGGUAGAGACCAGUCCCUAAGAGUGUGGGCCAUGCAUCCCUCUUUGUUGAAAAUGUGUAAUCAUUAUUUGCCAGAUGAUGCGAAAGUGAAGACGAUAACAGUGAUGGUGAAUAUGAAUAUUUUAUGUUAUUAACUGUAGUUAAUAAUA